UAAAACUUGGAUGGAUGAUUCAUAGCUGGACAAUUCUCAUUCUACAUCUCAUAUAUUCACAAUAAACAACAAGAGAAGGCAGGAUUGGUUGUGUAGUAUUGUACCGAUCACCAGAAGAGAAUAAUUAUAUCCAAAACGACAACAUCAAGGAGGAACAAUGAUUCAAACUCUAAACAACAUGGCAGAGCUGAAGCAGUCUGGGUUUGGCCGUCCCUCACCCCGUCAUGGGCUGCAGCUGCUCUACUGGUUUUCUAACGAAUACAUCAAGAUUAACAGCAAUGAGAUUGUAGUCAAGGUCCAUCCCAAGGAUGGAAUCUUUGGCUUCCAUUACUUCCUGAACAGGCGGGAGUGUGAUGACAACAUCUGCAUCAAGCUGCUACCUGAAGAGAAUUACAAAUACUUUGAGGUGGGCAACCUGCACCUUCCAGCAUCCAGCUCUCUGCCUCCCUACGUCAGGAAGAACUACGGUCCUUACCAGGAUGGCAACAACAUGGAUCGCAUAAUCAUAAGCAUGCAACCAGGCCUGCAGGUGCAUAAAAUCUUUGUGACGGAGCAUGAAGACCAAAAGAGGUUUGAUCCUGACCACACCUAUCGCAUCAACAGAGAUCUGCUCAUGGCUAUUCGUAACUUAUCUCUAGAUGACUUCCUGAAACAAGCUGGUUAUAUUACUGAAAACAGUAUAUUUGUUAACAACCUUCAGAGCAGUAAUCCCAAUCCCCCUCAAAGUCAAGGGUUUUGGGACUACUGUACUAUACUGUAGGCCAAGGAGCAUGUAAGCAUCUACAAGAUGAAGAUACUGACAUGCUAUUGGUUGAGGCUGGGCAGGCAUAUCUAAAGGCAUAACUCAAAGAGUGAUUUUACAUUUUCUUAACACUUUAGUUCUUUUCUAAAGAUGUCCUAUAUUGUUGUAUCAGCUUUAAAUUAAUCUCUUAUAAUGUUAUUUUUGAAUUAUUAUUUAAUAUUGUCCUUUGGUGUUAUAAUUAUCUUAUAAGAUAUAUAUAUAUACCCUGAACAAACACAAGCUGUUUCAAUUUAGCUCACACAAUUACAUUAUUCGUUUGCCCUUAAAAGACAUACUAGAAUCUCAUAGCUGUGUUAGUCAGUUUAUGUUACAUAAAUUCAGUUUUAUUCCCACAAAUUCAUUUCACAUAAAAAUUCAAUUGUUGGAAAUGUCUAGAUUUGUUGGGAAAGGAAAUGUAUGAAUGUAAAAAACCUUUAUGUUGAUAUGGCUGGUUAUAGAAAUGUGAAAGUGUGUUCUCCAAUUAAUGCUCUGCGAUAAAAAAAUAAAACGUACACAUUUUUAACUCUGAUAUUUAAACAUUGCUAUUUGUCAUUGCAUAAACAAAUUGGAUUUACGUUUUUUGAUGUUUUACUGUGCAUUUCCUCACUGUAUGUAUCCCUAUUGAGAAAUUGAGGUGUUUAAGCA